AUGGAGUUGUCAUCUGCAGCUGAUAUGAUAACUCCCAGACAAUUUAUCAGGGAUGGUGACAAAUUAAUUUCCUCUUCCCAAAGCUUUGAGCUAGGCUUCUUUUCUCCAGGAAACUCAAACUACAGUUAUGUGGGGAUCUGGUACAAGAUUAGUCCUGAGAUAGUUGUGUGGGUUGCAAACAGAAAAGAUCCAAUUCCAGAUCGUCAAGGAGCUUUAACCAUCAGCAACAACGGACGUCUCGUACUUAUCAACCAAAAGAAGAGCAUUAUCUUGUCUUCAAACUCAUCCAAGGAGCCUGAAAAUCCAGUGGUACAACUCCUAGAUUCUGGAAACCUUGUUCUCAAGGACAGUAAUGACAGGAGUCCUGAAAGCUACAUGUGGCAGAGUUUCGAUUAUCCAUCAGAUACAUUGUUAGAAGGCAUGAAGUUGGGAUGGAACUUAAAAACUGGUUUUGAGCGACAAUUGACCCCAUGGAAAAGUGAAGAUGAUCCAGCCCCUGGAGAAUCUACCCUCAGACUUGACAUUGGUGGGGUGCCUCAAUUAGUCAUUGGUAUGCCAUCUAGGAAAUCGGUUCGUAGUGGACCAUGGAAUGGUCUCCAGUUUGGUGGCAUUCCCAUGAUGCACAACAAGGUCUUCAAACCAAUGUUGGUACACAAAGAAGACGAGUUGUAUUACGCAUAUGAGCCUUUUGACAAUACAGUAAUCACAAGAUUAAUGGUGGACCCAACAGGUCAUAUGCAGCGUCUUGAAUGGAAUGAAAAGUUUAGGGAAUGGCGUAUUGUGUACUCUUGGCCAUAUGACAUGUGUGAUAAUUAUGCACAGUGUGGUGCUAAUGCUUACUGCAGAAUUAGCAAGACACCUAAUUGUAUAUGUUUGAAGGGGUUUGAAACCCAAUCAGAAGAUGAAUGGGACACACCAAACACCAUGAAAUGUGUAAAGAAAUCACCAACAGAAUCAGAUUGCAGAAAUGGAGAAGGGUUUCAAAAGCUUGCACGAAUGAAAUUGCCCGAUAUUAUGUGGUCAAACCAAAGUAUGAAUAUUAAGGAAUGUUCUGCAGAGUGCUUGAAGAACUGCUCGUGUAGGGCUUAUGCAGACUUAAAUGAGGGUGGAGGAAGUAGUGGCUGCUUGAUGUGGUUUACUGACCUGAUUGAUAUGAAAGAAUGCUCAGAACGAUUCACUUGGGGACAGGAUAUCUUUAUACGAGUACCCGCUUCAGAACUAGUUAAUGAUUCGAGUAAGAAGAAAAGAAUAAAGAUCAUUGCAUCGGUCUCGACUGCUUCUGGCAUCCUUAUAUUGGGACUUGUGUUCUGGAAAGUUUGGAAGAAAAGAAAGAACAAAGGUGACGAAGAGGUUCAAACUUUAAUCGCCCUGCAGAGCAAGACGGAAGACACGGAAGUACCUUUAUUUCCUUUAGCAACGGUAGCUACUGCAACUAACAAUUUCUCUAAAGCCAACAUGAUUGGUGAGGGUGGAUUUGGUCCUGUUUACAAGGGAAAUCUUUCAGAUGGACAGGAAAUUGCAGUGAAGAGGCUUUCGAAACAGUCAGGACAGGGUCUUGAAGAAUUCAAGAACGAGGUCGCUAUAAUUGGCAAGCUUCAACACAGGAAUCUUGUUGCUCUUAUUGGAAGCUGCACUGAAGGAGAUGAAAGGAUACUGAUCUAUGAGUAUAUGCCCAAUAAAAGCUUGGAUUGUUUUAUUUUCGAUCGUGAAAGAAGGAAACUCUUGUCCUGGAAAAAGCGCUUUGAAAUUGUUAUUGGGAUUGCAAGAGGACUUCUCUACCUCCACCAAGAUUCUAAACUGCAAAUAGUUCACAGGGAUCUGAAGGCCAGUAAUAUCUUGUUAGACAAUGACCUGAAUCCUAAAAUUUCAGAUUUUGGGUUGGCAAGAAUUUUCAAAAAUGAUGCAAAAGAUGUGAACACAAAGAGAGUUGUUGGAACACAUGGCUACAUGUCUCCUGAGUAUAUCACUGAUGGCACAUUUUCUUUGAAAUCCGAUGUAUUUAGCUUGGGUGUGCUUCUGUUAGAGAUAAUAAGUGGAAGAAGGAAUAGAGGAUUCCAUCACCUCGAUCACCAUCAUAACCUUAUUGGACAUGCCUGGCUGUUGUGGAACGAUGGAAGGGCCCUUGAACUAAUGGAUAAGUCUUUAGAAGAUUCUUUCGUGGAAUCUCAAGUUCGAAGAUGUAUUCAAGUGGGUUUAUUAUGUGCUCAAAAAUUCCCAGAAAACAGGCCGGAAAUCUCAUCUGUAGUUUUCAUGUUAGCAAAUGAAGACGUGAUUCUUCCUCGACCUAGAGAGCCAGGUUUCUUCACAGAAAGAGGUUUCAGCACAGAUACAUCAUCAAGUAAAGAUAGAUCUCUUACAAGAAAUGCUUUGAGUGUAACCAUGGAGGAAGGCAGGUAGAAUUUCAUGCCCCAGUUUACGAGUUUUUUUUUUUCCAUUGGGGCAUGCUGUUAUUAUGCGGAUGCUUUUUCCUUCAUUGAUGGCCUAAACUUUGAUGUCUUUCUACAAUGGUUAAUGUGUUUGUAAAGUAGCCAGAAAUUAACAUAUUCAGUAAAUUGAUGCUUAAGCGUAAACUAGCUUAAGAAUCUAUGUAUUUUAAUUUCUGAAUAAGUGGAAGUAAUUUAA